CAUGAUGGCGGAGGCGCUGGAGCGGUGGCUCCGGGAGGAGAUGGAGCUGCCGCCCUCCGCCAUCCCCUCCCCGGCCGCGCUCCGCAGGCUCUGCUCCGGCCCCGCAGCCCCCAUUUGGGAUUACGUCAUCCGCCACGUCCGGAACCAGCGGAACGUGAAGAAGAUCCGAGGAAAUCUGCGCUUGUACGGGCACCUGCAGGAGCUGGAGGCCGCUCCGGCUCGGCCGGGCCAGCAGGGGGCGCUGCGCGCGGCUGUGGAGCGGCUCCGGAAGGAGGUGCGGGACCUGGGGGACGCCAUUGCGGAUGCACAGGAGACGGCGCAGCGCCUCGACGCCUCGCUGGAGGAGGCGCAGAGCCGGCGGUGGGCGGAGCUUCAGCGAGGGGCGGAGCUUCGGCUGCUGGGGGCAGAGCUUCAGCGAGGGGCGGAGCCGGGCCCAGCUGGGCUGCGGGACGGCCACGAGGGGGCGCUGAGGGCAAUCCAUAAAAGGCCGGGCCAAUCCCGGGAGGAGCUGUCGGCCAUCUUGGCCGCAGGGGCAGAGCCGGAAGUGCUGGUGUCAAUCAAGGCCCUGUGCAAGGCCAGGGAGGCGGAGCUCCAGAGGCCACACCCACACAGAGCUGCCAAUCACCCCGGGAAGGCUGAGGAGGCUCCAGAUUGGUCGGAACAGGCUGAGGCUGUACUGAUUGGCCACAGCCCAGAGGCGGUGCUUUGGGCGCUGGAGGUCCUGGCCAAUCAGAGCACAAGAGCUCUCCUGGCUGGCCCCACCCCCUCAGCCGAGGCCCCGCCCACCCUGAAGAGCCUCCUGCAGGAGUGCUGGGGGGCCGUGGGGGAGGUGUGGGGGGCGCUGCCCCCCCUCCUGUCCCACCUGUCCCAACUGAGGGGGCAGCUGGGGACGCACCUGGAGCAGGGGACGGGCAACAAUGAAGUCAUCAGGCUGUUCCUGCUCCGGGAGGGGCUCUUGGCCCACCGGGCCUCCCUGGGCCGGGCGCUGACCCAGCUGCAGCAGGAACUCCAAAAUCCCCAAAAUCCACCCCAAAAUCCACCCCAGGAGCCCCAAAAACCCCAAAAUUCGGCCCCAAAACCUCAAAAUCCACAAAAUUCAGCCCCAAAAUCCCAAAAUUUGGACCCAAAAUCCUCAGAUUUGGCCUCAAAAUCAGCUCCAAAAUCGGCUCUAAAACCCCAAAAUUUGGAUCUGGCCCCAAAAUCCCAAAAUUUGGAUCCUCAAUGCCCAAAUCUGGCCCGAAAAUCCCCGGAUUUGAGCCCAAACUCGGCCCUGGAGCAGCUCCGGCAGCAGCUGUGGAGGGGGAGGGGCCGAGUGCUCCAUUUGCAGCAGCGCCUGCGGUUCCUGAGCGCCGCCACCAGGGGGCGCCGAGCGGCGCUGAAACCGCUGCAGGAGCAGGUUGUGGGCGUGGUGCAGGCGGGGCCGGGCUUGGCCCUUCCCCCUCUGGAGGGGGCGUGGCUGCGGCGCCGGCAGCUGGCACUGGGAGCACUGGGAGCACUGGGAGAGGAGCCCCGCCCCCCGGCACAGGCCACACCCCCUCUGCGGGGGCUGGCACGGGAGAUGGGCGUGGCACAGGGCUCGCUGCUGUCCCAGGCGGCCAUCUUGCGUCAGCAGCUCCGCCAGGGGGCGCUGCGCCUGCGCCGGGGGGCGGGGCCUGUCCUGGGGGCGGAGACAGAGCCGCUGGCCCCACCCCCCCUCACCGUGGAUGUGGCCGAGCUGCUGCCCCGGCUGCGAUUGGUCAGAGAAGGCUGCGAGCAGCGAAUCAGGGACUGGCCCCGCCUCCAGGAGCUCGUCAGCCAAUGGUGGGCCCAGCCGGCUCAGUGGGUCCUGGCCACGCCCCCUGGCUGCGCCCCCUUCUCCCAUUGGCUGCAGCGCUGGAGAGACGCCGCCCACGCCUUGCAGGCCACGCCCACCCCCGAGGAGGCCCCACCCACCCCCGAGGAGGCCCCACCCACCGUUGGGAAGGGGGAGGAGUGAGCGGAGGAGGCUCCGCCCAUCUGAAGCA